GCCGCUUUCUUGGUCGCGCGAGCACAUUCUUCCCCGUCCGACCUCACCCCGGUCAACAAAUGUUACCUCAUUUGUGUCAUCAGUUGUAUGCACCACUAGGCUAAGCCCAUGACAUUAUUCCUCACCGCAGUCUGACACCAUCAACCUUUAUCCUCUUUCCUCCACUCUCCAGUCAUGGCGGACACCGAUCAAGCCAUUGCGGAGGUCUACCGCAAGAUCGAAAGAGAAAAGGCCCUUAUCAAUGCAGCUACGCAUAUGCGACAGUCCACAAACAAUGCUGCAGUUCAGGCACGUGUAGACAGCAACAUCCGUGAUGGGAGGCGGAACAUCAGCUAUCUCGAAGACAAACUGCAAGAGUUGCAACUGCGUAAGCGGGGAAGAAGCGAUGAGGGCGCUCCCACCCCACCGGCUCAUGGCGGUGGUGGCUACCAGACACCCGAUGGUCGCGGUCAACGACAAUAUAACGUCCCAGCACCUCCUCCUAAAGAUGGGCGAGGAGGAUAUGGCUCACGGGAUAGGGGUGACUACGGUGAUGCCGGCCCUGGCGGUUACAGCCAGGGUAAUAGUGGCAUGAUGCCACCGCGCGCUCCCUAUGGGGAUCCUCGACCGUACAGCGCUCCUAUACCUAAAGCGCGGCCGAACUUCUCGAAACUAGAUCUGAUCAAAUAUGACACUCCAUAUCUCGGUCCCAAGAUCCAGCUCAUGCUCUCGCAGCUGGAAUUCAAGCUCUCUGUGGAAAAGCAGUACAAGGCUGGUAUUGAAAAGAUGGUGCGGCUUUACCAAGACGAAGGCGAUCGAAAGAGUCGAUUGGAUGCAGAAGGUCGUCGCAUUGAGAGUACACAAAAGAUCCAGUUGCUAAAACAGGCAUUGAAAAGAUAUAUGGAUCUUCACGUUGAUAUUGAGACGCCUGAUGCUGAUGAUGAUGACAGCCUGAAUGCGCCCAACAUGAGGAAACCUUUGACAGGUCACCUGGAAAUGCGGAUUCAUGCAAUCAAAGACGUCGACCAUGCCGCAUCUUCACGAUUUUCGAGAGGCCCCGAGACGUUUGUUAUCAUGAAAGUAGAAGACAACAUCCGAGCAAAGACCCGAGCCACGCGUACGGACAAAUGGACCGAGGAGACUCACAAUGUUGAUAUCGACAAAGCAAACGAGAUUGAGCUGACAGUGUACGACAAAGCGGGAGAUCGGCCAACGCCUAUAGGGUUCCUUUGGAUUCGCAUUUCGGACAUUGCGGAAGAAAUGCGUCGUAAGAAGAUCGAGUCCGAAUUCCAGCAAAAUGGAUGGGUGUCUGCGGACAAGAUGGCAAAUGGUGGUAGUCCCGGGAAACCAGGCUCUGAAUUUCAACAAUCCCAGUCUGCGCCGUUCAUGCCGCCAGGUGAUGGUGCAAGUGCUGGUCCAGCUGCAGGAUUCGCCCAAGACGCACCACACGCUCCCUCUGUCUUUAUCGAUUCAUGGUUUUCAUUGGAACCCGCCGGUAGGAUUCACCUAACGAUGAGUUUCCAGAAGCAAACGGGUGCUCGACGACCAUUUGAUAUUGGCCUCAACCGUCAAGGAGCCGUUCGCCAGAAAAAAGAAGUUGUGCACGAAAAGCAAGGCCACAAGUUCAUCAGGCAACAAUUCUACAAUGUUAUGCGCUGUGCACUUUGUGGAGACUUCCUCAAGUACUCGGCUGGUAUGCAAUGUGCAGAUUGCAAGUACACUUGUCAUACCAAGUGCUAUCCCAAGGUCGUCACCAAGUGUAUUAGCAAAGCCAACUACGAGACCGAUCCGGACGAGGAGAAGAUCAACCAUCGCAUACCCCAUCGUUUCGACAACUUUUCAAACAUUGGGGCUAACUGGUGUUGUCAUUGUGGUUACCUGCUGCCGCUUGGCAGGCGCAACGCGAAGAAGUGUUCAGAGUGUGGUCUCACUUGUCACACCCAGUGUCAACAUUUGGUUCCGGACUUCUGCGGCAUGUCGAUGAUCGUCGCAAAUGAGAUUUUGGAGACUAUCCAAAGAACCAAGCAUCACAACAAAUCUUCGUCUGUCAGUUCUGGCGUGAGCAGUUCCGGCCUCAGCAAUCGAACAUUGAGACCCAACUCAGGCAGACCCGGGCCAACAUCACCGACUCAAAGUUUCAUCUCCGAAACCCAGACCUUGACUCCAUCCGUCUCGAACCAGUCAUAUGAUCAACAUCCCGAGCCACAGAAACCUUCAGCAGCAGCGAUAAGUGCGGCUCAUAAUAUGCUGUACAACCAGACGCAGCAACCUCCGGCCCAGCAACCGCAGAGGCCAUUGCAACAGAGAGCUGUCUCUGCAGCCGCUGUGCAAGCGGCGGCGGCGGCAGCUGCUGCGACGAGUCGUCCAUCAUCACAAGCAUACAACCAAAGCUUUUCGGACUACAAUCCGCACAGUCCGCAGAAAGUUCCGGUUGAUCGCUAUGCCAAUGCUCGACCCCCUGUUCCGGAGGCACAGCCACCGCCACAUGCCUCUUACGAUCCUCGAGCUUACCAACAAUACGACCGACAACCUGUACAACAGCAGAUCCCUCAGCACCAAGCGCCUCAACAAGCCGUCGUUCCGCAACAGAGGCCUCCACCACCAACUCAACCAAGUUACCAACCGGCUCCCAUAAAGCCUCCACCACAAGAACAAAGAGUUGCAAACCCACCAUCUGGACGUGGAUCCGGUCCCAGAAUCGGCCUAGAUCACUUCAACUUCCUUGCCGUGCUAGGAAAGGGUAAUUUCGGUAAAGUCAUGCUGGCAGAAGCUAAGAGCUCGAAGAAACUGUAUGCCAUCAAGGUCUUGAAGAAAGAAUUCAUCAUCGAGAAUGACGAAGUCGAGUCGACAAAGUCUGAGAAGCGAGUGUUCUUGAUUGCAAACAAGGAAAAACAUCCAUUCUUGCUCAACUUACACGCAUGUUUCCAGACCGAGACAAGAGUCUACUUUGUAAUGGAGUAUAUUUCUGGAGGUGAUCUCAUGUUACACAUUCAGCGUGGACAAUUCGGUCUUAAGCGAGCUCAAUUCUACGCUGCGGAGGUUUGUUUGGCACUCAAAUACUUCCAUGAAAAUGGUGUCAUCUACCGAGAUUUGAAGUUAGACAACAUCAUGCUCACCUUGGACGGACAUAUCAAGGUGGCUGAUUAUGGUCUUUGUAAGGAAGACAUGUGGUAUGGUUCUACAACAUCGACAUUUUGCGGUACGCCUGAAUUUAUGGCUCCCGAAAUCCUUCUGGACAAGAAGUACGGUCGUGCAGUCGACUGGUGGGCAUUUGGAGUGCUCAUCUACCAAAUGCUUCUUCAGCAGUCACCUUUCAGAGGUGAAGACGAAGACGAGAUUUACGAUGCAAUUCUGGCCGAUGAGCCCUUGUAUCCGAUUCACAUGCCGCGCGACAGCGUGUCAAUUCUUCAGAAACUGCUGACCAGAGAGCCAGAGUUGCGUCUAGGUAGUGGACCUGGGGAUGCACAAGAGAUCAUGAGCCACGCCUUUUUCAAGGGCGUCAACUGGGACGACAUCUAUCACAAGAGAGUACCGACGCCUUUCAAGCCUACGGUUAAGAACGAGAAGGACACGAGCAACUUUGACCAGGAGUUUACCAGUGUGACGCCAGUCCUCACACCAGUGCAGAGUGUGCUUUCACCGGCUCAUCAAGAAGAAUUUAGAGGGUUCUCAUACACAGCCGAUUUCGUCUAGGAGAGGAACUCGAGGUCAGGGAUUGAGACUGAAACGACAGCUCUUACGGAAUACGAAGA